AUGCGUCGAGUUCUCAAAGAGCUCUGUCGUAAUGCCACCGCUCUCAGCGCGUCAUCCAAUGCAUCGACAACGGCUCUCUCACAGAGGUUUCGCUCGACUUUGUCUUUCUUUCGAUACCACUCGAGCGUUCCGUUGAAAAACGCCGACGACGCACCGACUGCCGAUCGUCUGACCGCCGUACCGCUCGAGCGCACGCGGAACUUCUCAAUCAUCGCUCACGUUGAUCACGGAAAGUCUACGCUGGCCGAUCGCUUGUUGGAGCUCACAGGGGCGAUUAGGCGUGCGAGCGGCGGCGCGCGAAACGAACAGGUGUUGGACACGCUUCCCGUGGAGCGCCGACGAGGGAUCACGGUGAAGGCGCAGGCGGUGAGCAUUCUGCACCGAGACGAGAGCGAUGGGGAGGAGUACUUACUGAAUCUAAUCGACACGCCGGGACACGCGGAUUUCUCGUUCGAAGUCGCGCGGUCGCUGAGCGCAUGCGACGGCGCCGUGCUGUUAGUGGACGCGACGCAGGGCGUGGAAGCGCAGACUAUCGCGACCUUUUAUCUCGCGCUCGAUCGGAAUUUAGUGAUUAUCCCGGCGGCAAACAAGGUGGACAUGUCGAGCGCGGACGUGGAGCGGGUGGCGAAUCAGAUGGUGCGUGUGUUCGGCGUAGAGCGGGACGAAGUCUUGGAGGUGUCUGGUAAGACAGGACUAAACGCAGAGAAAGUUCUGAGCGCGGUGGUGCAGCGCGUGCCGCCGCCACGAGGUAAUCCCGACGGGUCACUUCGCGCGUUGCUAUUAGACUGCCGGUACGAUGAUUUUAGAGGCGCGGUGAAUCUCGUGCAAGUCGUCGACGGCGUCUUGCACAAGGGCGAUAAAAUAACGUCGCUCGCCUCUGGUCAGCACUUUGAGGUGUUAGAACUCGGUUUUAACACGCCGACGCCCAUAGCGACGAACGUGUUGAGCGCGGGACAGGUGGGUUAUAUGAUAACGAACGUACGGGACGUGCGUUCGUCCAAGGUUGGUGACACUUUGCACAUGAGGGGUCUGACGACAAUCGAGCCGCUGGCUGGAUUUCGCCCGGCGAAACCGAUGGUUUUUCAAGGCUUGUUCCCGGUGAACUCGGACGAUUUCGAAAAGCUCAGAGCGGCGGUAAGUAAGUUGACGCUUAACGACGCGAGCGUCACCGCACAGGCGGAGAAUAGCUCUGCCCUCGGCGCGGGAUUUAGAUGUGGAUUCCUCGGUUUGUUGCACGCAGACGUGUUCCAUCAACGUUUGCAAGAGGAAUUCGGUGCGGAAAUCAUAGCCACCGCGCCGACCGUGCCUUAUCGCAUCAAACACCAAAGCGAUGAUACGUACAUCGACUGCACGUCACCGCUUUCGGUGCCAUCCGGUGGAUUCCCUUCGAAGUCCACGGAGAUUGAGGAGCCGCUUGUGGAGGCGACGAUCAUCUGCCCCUCAAACGUAGUCGGGACAAUUUUAGAACUGUGUGCAGAUCGCAGAGGAGAGCAACUGGAGCAAAGCUUUCUGGAUGAUUCACGAGUGAUCUUACGUUACAAGCUCCCCCUUGGCGAAGUCGCCGCCGACUUCGCCGACGAGCUCAAGAGUCGUUCGAGCGGCUACGCAACGUUUGACUACGAAGAAGCCGGCAUGCGUAAGAGCGACAUCGUGCGCAUGGACGUUCUCGUCAACGGCGUCAUCGUCGACGCCCUCGCGACGCUCGUACAUCGAACCAAGGCGCAGAGGCAUGGGAAAGACAUCGUCGCCCGUCUCAAGGACGCCCUCCCGCGUCAGCUGUACGAAAUCGCCAUCCAAGCCUCGCUUGGCUCGAAGAUCAUCGCUCGAGAGGACAUCCGAGCGUUUCGCAAGCAGGUCACCUCCAAGUGUUACGGCGGCGACAUCACUCGCAAGAAGAAGCUCUUAGAGAAACAAAAGGAGGGUAAACGUCGAAUGCGUCGCAUCGGUAACGUCGACAUCCCGAACGACACCUUCGCCGGUAUUCUCUCAACCAAGCGCGACUAG